AUGUACUCUCACGGCGGCGGCACGGGACCGCCUCUGGCUGGCGGGGCGCCGCAGCACCGGCUGCGCCCCGGCGGCGACGACCGCUACGGCGUCCUUCCCGAAAGCGGCUUCGGCGACCGGGGCGGCCGAGCGCCCUCCGGCCCGGGGGACCCGGGCCAGCAUCCGGGUCACGGCGGCCACCGCGGCGGCUCCCAGGGCGGCGGCUACGGCGGCCAGGGCGGCGGCUACGACAUAGGCUCCGGCGCGGGCUACGGCCGCGGCAGCGGCUACCAGGGCGGCGGCGACGGCUUCGACGGCCGGGGCGGCGGCUACCAGGGCGGCGGCGGCUACGGCGGCCAGGGUGGCGGCUCCCACGCCGGCGGCUACGGCUCCCACGCCGACGGCUACGGCGACGCGGGCUUCGGCGCGGGCUACGGCCGCGACGGCGGCUACGGCGGCCGCGGCGACGGCUUCGACGGCCGGGGCGGCGGCUACCAGGGCGGCGGCGGCUACGGCGGCCAGGGCGGCGGCUACGGCGGCCAGGGCGGCGGCGGCUCCGACGCCGGCGGCUACGGCGACGGCGACGCGUGCUCCGGCGCGGCACGCAACGGCACGCGCCGCGGGAGGCGCGGGCGCCGCGGCCGCCGGCGGACGCCCGCGCCGACGCCCGCGCCGACGGCGCGCCUCGCGGCCGCGACGUCGUUCCCCUUCAGCCGCGGCGAGCGCUUCGUGCGCCGCGGGAACGUCCAGCGGCCCGUGCGCGCGUCGAGCCGCAAGUUCCGCGCGGGCCCGCGGAAGGACCUCGAGAACUUCGUCGCGCCGCUCCUGCGGCGCAUGGGCCUGCUCGAGACCAAGGGCAUGGACUGGGACUGCUACGUGGGCCUCCAGUUCACGCCGGAGCACGAGCACAACUACCUCCUCGCGCCGGCGGGGAGCCUCGUGUCGUCGAUCCCCGGCCUCAAGGAGGUCCUCGGCGACAAGGAGGCGUUCGCGCGGCUCUGGCGCGGCUGCGUCGCGCGCGCCGCGGCGCUCCGCGACGCCGGCGCGCUCGGCGCCGCCGCGGCGGCGGGCCUCUGCGCCUGGACGACGCCGGCCUUCAACGCGGUCCACAAGCUCGUCGACGGCGCGCCGCGCUUCGCCGUCGAGGGCGGCGUCGACCUGUGCAUCGACGCGCUCGUCGACCUCCUCGCGCGCGAGGGCCCGUCGGCGUCGGCGCAGCGCGGGGGUGAUGCGACGCCGCUGUCGACGUGGAUCGUCAAGCCCCAGCGGCGCUACCUGAGCCUGGGCAUGCACCUCGCGACCCUCCUCGAGGCCCUCGCGAGCGCGGGCGCCGUCGCGGCGUGGGCGACGCGCGAGACGCCGCUCGAGGAGAAGAAGCGCGCGCGCCACACGAAGCAGCCGGGCGAGUUCACGAUGCAGCGCUACGUGACGCGGCCCGCGACGCUCGGCCGCCGCAAGUUCGACCUGCGGCUCUGGACCCUCGUCGCGUCGCUCGAGCCCCUGUCGGUCUACGUGCUCGACGUCGCGAAGAUCUCCGUCGUCGACUACGAGGGCUGGGGCCUGCCCCGCAACGCGAGUACGCUCCCGGCCAAGUGCAUGCACAUCCUCAUGAUGGCGAGCGAGUUCUGCCUCAAGCACAUGACGUUCCCGCGGCCGUGGCCCUACGACUACCCCGGCGUGACGCGGCCGGACCUCGGCGGCCUCCGCGGGGGGCGGAGCUUCUUCGAGGAGCUCCGGCUCGGCGAGGCGCCGCCCCUCGGCGGCGAGGCGGCCUGGGCGGCGUGGCAGGCCGAGCUCUGGCCCGCGCUCGAGCGGACCGCGCUCCUGCCGCUCCUCCUGGCCAAGGACGAGCUCCACGGCCACGAGGCGCGCGUCUACGGCGCGCGCGACGGCGAGCUCUCGCGGCGGUCGAAACGCUUCGCGCUGCUGUCGCCCGACGCGCUCUGGGACGCGGAAAUCGGCGGCUGGCGCCUCGAGGAGAUCAACACGAACGGCCUCUUCCAGCUCGGCGCGGACGAGGGCGAGGACGUCCGCACGUUCCACGUCGACGAGGGCUACACGGAGGCCUGGCUCCAGAUCGCCGGCGUCGACGGCUACCCGCGCGCGCCGGCCUACGCCGCCGCGCUCGACGCGGCGCUCGACGACUUCUGCGCCGGCCGCGGCUGCGACGGCCGCGACCGCGAGGUCCUCGCGGCGGCCGCGCACGAGAACGCGCACGCGUCGAGCGGCUGGUACCGCGCGUGGCCGCCCGUGGACUGCGGCGACGCCUGCGGCGCGCGGCCGGACCUCGCGGACGACGCCGGCGUCAUGGCCCUCUUCGAGGGCUCCGCGACGCGCGCGGGCCGGCUCCACUUCGACUUCCUCCGGUCCCUCGACCGGGCCUACUUCGCGUCGCCCUCCGCGGCGCGGCCCGACGACGGCGACCGCGACGCGUUCCCCCGCUACGUGCCGCAGGAGCCGCCCGCGCACGAGUACCGCACGCCCCAGCCGGCUUUCGCCGCGAGGUCGACCAUGCGGUCGCCCGGCCGCGCGCCGACGACGCAGCCGUUGGGCCACUCGACGCGCACGACGUCGAGCGCGCGGCCCAGCAUCGUCGCCGGCUACGCCGCGUCGGGCCUGCUCUUCCGCCUGCGCACGGAGGAGCUCGCGACCGCCGCCGAGCGCCUGCGCUGGCUGCGGUGGACCGCCGCGCGUCUCGCGUGCUGCGGCGCGGCGCUGGCCCUGCGCGACGCGCCGGCGUUUCGCGCGGUCGUGCUCGUCGUCGGCGUUUUCGCCACCUAUGCCCACAACGCCCGGGGCCGGUCGCCGACGGCGCGGCGCGCGGCGCCGGGCACCGUCGCGCUCGUCACCGGCGCGACGGCGGGCAUCGGCUUGGCGACGGCCGUCGCGCUCUGCCGCCGCGGCGUCGACGUCGUCGUGCCCGGCCGGAGCCCCGAGCGGGCCGCCGCCGCGGCGGCGCGCAUCAACGCCGCCGCGCGCGGGCCCGGCCGCGCGCGCGCGCUCCCGGGCGCCGGCCUCGAGCUCGACGACCGCGCGUCCGUGCGCGGCUACGCGGCGGCCGCGGCGGCGGCCGCGCCGGACCUGGCGCUCCUCGUGCUCAACGCGGGCGUCAUGCGGCCGGCCUACGGCGUCGUCGGCGGCGGCGCCGAGGCCACCGUCGCGUCGAACCACCUCGGCCACUUCCUCCUCGCGGAGCUCCUGGGACCGACGCUCGCCGCGAACGCGGCGCGCGGCCGCGACUGCCGCGUCGUCGUCGUGAGCAGCAGCCUCCACCGCGUCGCGGCGCGGGCCCUGGACGCGCUGCCGGACGCCGCCGCGCGGCGCGCCGCGGUCGCCGACCUCCGGGGCGACGCGCGCGCGUACGGCCUCUUCCCGCGCUACGCGCUGUCCAAGCUCAUGAACGUGCUCCACGCGCGCGCCCUCGCGCGGCGGCGGCCGGCCGUCGCCGCCAUCGCCGUGCACCCGGGCUGCGUCUACACGGACGUCACGCGGAGCCUCCCGUGGCCCGUCCGCGCCGCCCACGCGCUCGCGGUGCCCUGCUGGCUCCUCUUCCAGAAGCUCCCGCCCCACGGCGCCCACGCCACGGUCCACGCGGCCCUCGCGCCCGAGCUCGCCGCGGCGGAGAACGCGGGGCGGAGCCCCUACGUCGCCGACUGCCGCGCGGAGGCGCCGGGCCUCCCGCGCGACGCGGACGCGCUCGCCGACGCGCUCUGGGGCGCGAGCGCGGCCUACGCGGGGGCGGGGUAA